AUGUCUUCACCACAGCAAUUACUGCGGCACAGACAAACUGAUCUGGAUGAGACCUUCUCGGUGCUUCCACGAAUGUCAUAUCCUCAGCCAUUUGUGAACAGGCCUCAGAGAACUGAUGUCUUGCUGAUGUCCCCGUGGCUGGCUCCCAUCGUGUGGGAAGGCACCUUCAACAGAGACAUCCUGAAUGCCCAGUACAGACAAAAAAAUUUAGUUGUCGGGGUGGCCACAUUUGCAGUUAAAAAAUAUGUCCGGUUCAUAGAAGGGUUUCUUGGCUCCGCAAACAAAUUCUUCCUCUCCGGGCACAGGGUCAACUUCUAUCUCUUCACUGACCACCCAGAGAAAGUCCCAUCUAUGAAGCUGGCCCCUGAGAAGCGUCUCUUCGUCAUCCUUGUCCAGAACUACCCACGGUGGCAGGACAUCUCCAUGAACCGCAUGGACAUCAUCAGCAGCCACAUCCGCAGUUGCUGGCGCUACGAAGUAGACUAUCUUUACUCCAUGGACAUCGACGUCCAGCUAUUCGAGCACAUUGGGGUGGAGAUCAUUGACACGCUUGUGGGGACCAUCAGCUCCUGGCAAUACACCGAACCCCGGGAGAACAACUCAUAUGAGAGGCGGCCGGAGUCGCAAGCUGCCAUCCCCAGCGGGGAAGGGGAUUUCUACUAUGCGGCCAGCUUCUACGGAGGGAGCGUGUCUGAGGUCUACAAGUUGACCACAGCUUGCUUCAAAGGGAUCACGGAGGACAGAACUAGUGGCAUUGAAGCCAAGUGGCAUGAGGAAAGCCACCUGAAUAAAUACCUCCUGUACCACAAGCCGACACGCCUGCUGUCCCCGGAGUACUACUGGGAUGAGGAGCUGAUCAGACCUCGCAUUGUCAAGGUUAAGAGGUUGUCCUCAGUGCACAAGGAUCUGAAAGAAGUCAGGUUCUGA